UAUACCCGCCACGCAUACUUGUGGCCACUUCAUAGAGAAGAGCUAUGGAGACGUGACCCGUUUUUCCAUAAAAGAACACCAGGACAGGAAGACAGACACAUCUUUUCAAAAUGAAAAAACAUCCGAUGCACAUGUUGGACCAUCCGUGAAUUUUUUUUAGAGGCUUCGGUGUACUGUUAAAACGGUGCAAGCCUUGCAAUAUGUACUGGGAUGGAUGAGGAAGAGCAGAACCGCUAUGUGGCCCAGCUGAAGGAGGAGUUUGACAGCUGUGACACCACAGGCACUGGUUACCUGGACAAGGAAGAGUUGUCAUCCCUUUGCCACAAGCUAUCCCUGGAUGCUCACCUUCCCCUACUGUUGGACACCUUGCUAGGACCACACCACUAUGCUCGGGUGAAUUUUGAGGAGUUCAAGGAAGGCUUUGUAGCUGUGCUAUCAAGCUCUCUGGACUUCAGCACCUCAGAAGAGGAGAGCAGCUACCUGGAGCCAGUUGUUCCUGAGGAGGUGAAGCCCAAGUUUGUGAAGGGAACCAAGCGCUACGGCCGGCGGUCUCGUCCUGACAGGCCAGACUCUGAUCUCACAGCUGAAUUGGAGGACUCUCCUCCUUUCAGGACGGAGCAGAAGGAGCUCUCUCCCGCUGGCGUGAGGAGGGCCAAACUCCGACGCUCCACUUCUCUGGAGAGUGUGGAGAGUCUCAAGUCGGAUGAGGAUGCCGGAAGCCAUAAGGACACCAUCCAUCAAACCUUUGAGGCACAAGGGCAGCAGAAGCGAUGGAAGCGGGACAGUUCGGAGAGCCUGCUCCGCUCCCCUGGGCCAGGGGCCGAGGUGGCAGACAGCCAGAUGAGGGCAGUAUGGGAGGAGCUUGGAGUAGGAGGAGGGGGCUUUCUGAACAGGCAGGAACUGUCCCUGGUCUGUGACCACCUUGGCCUGCAGGACCUGAAUCCAGAGGAGUUGGACGCCCUCUUCAGGAAGUUGGACACUGACCUGGAUGGGAGGAUCAGCCUCAGGAAGUUCCAGAAGGGUCUUUACAGAGAGGAGGGUGUCCCAGUUCCCACCUCCUCCUCCACCCCCAUACGCCCCAACCCCCAGCGCUCACUCCAGCAGACCUUUGAGGAGCGGAUGGUGCGCUCCACCUCUCCCUCUCUCCUGUCUGCCACCGUGGGCCAGAGGCUGCUGACCAGGCUGGACGAUGGGUCAGGCUGCACCAGUCCAGAGAGGGUCAUCACCCUCUGGAACGAGGAGGGCAUCCGGAACAGCAGGGACAUCCUACAGACUCUGGACUUCCCCCUGGAGGAGCGGGUCAGUCUGGCGGAGCUCACCCUGGCCCUGGACAAUGAGCUGCUGGUCAGCGGCAACGGCAUCCACCAGGCCGCUCUCAUCUCUUACAAGAACGAGAUCCAGUUCCUCCAGGUCCUAGCAGACCAGGCGUGUCAGGAAAGGGACAAGGUCAAGGCCGACCUGGAGUGGGCCGACAGGAGGAACCUCCAGCUGGUCAGAGAGGUGGAUGACAGGCACGCCACCAUUGAGUCACUGAAUGAAACCAAAAUCAAGGGUCUGGAGCAGGAGUUCCGGGAUAGGCUAAUGGCCCUGCGCAGUGAAUCGGAGCAAGAGAGCGAGGUCCUGCUGCAGCAGGUGGAGUUUGAGCGGGCCAAGCUCAAAGAGGAAGUGGAGGUCCUACAUGCACAGGAUGCCAGUCUGCAGGAGGAAAUCUGUAAUGCCACCCAGGAGAACGGACGUUUGGAGGAGGAGGGCAGUGUUCUGAAGGGGAAGCUGUCAGAGGCAGAGAACACCAUCUCCAAGCUGCAGAGAGACCUGGACCAGCUCCUACUAGACAAGUUUGGGAGCCUGGAUCCGAACAACACAGGACUGCUGAACCAGGAGGAGCGCUUCUCUGAGAUCAUCAAGGAGUACAAGCUGCAGUGCCGGGAGCUGCGGGACCGGAAUGACGAGUUGAACUCUGAGGUGGAGAUGUUAAAGAGUCAGGGGAUGGGGAGGCGACCCAGACGGGCAAGAGACACGUCCACACACGCUUGGUCCAGCCGACGAUCACUGACCUCUAAGUCUGACUCUGAUGAGCCUGAGAUGAAAAGAGGCAUAUCUCCCAUGGCUAGGAAAAAGCGACAAGUGGCCGAUAAGAAUGGCCUGGGUUCUCUGGAGAGUCUGCCAGGCCCUGUUGUGAGCAUUGAGACGGAGAUGGCCAUGGGACAGCUUAAGGAGAGGCACAGCCAGGAGGUGCAGGACCUGAAGAUUGAGUUGGAGACCAAGGUGAACUUCUACGAGCGCAGCCUGGAGCUGAUGCGACGGAACAUGGAGGUGGAGAGGAAGGACAUCUCUCAGGGCUUCAAGGUGGAGAUCAGUGAGCUGGAGGAGGAGAAGGCCCAGGCUGUGGUGCAGGUUAUGAGGCUAAGAGAGACAGUGGAGAAGCUGCAGACCGAGCUACAGAGCAGCUCCAGGUGCCUGGGAGGGUCAGGCUGGGGCGCUGACCAGGAGAGAAGGGCCCAGCGCGAACAGGCUGAGCUAGAGCAGAACUAUGCCCGGGAGAUCAGUAACCUGGUCCAGAGGCUGACCUCCGAGAAAGACCAGCUAGAGGCUGAGCUGAAGCUCAAGAUGGACCAGGAAGUGCUGCUCGUAAGGGAAGAGGCAGAGCAGCAGGUGUCUCAGAUGAAGACUCAGCAAGGCGAGGCCCAGCGCAGCUUCAUGCACCAGUUACACUGUGAGCGCCUGCGGCUGGAACUGGAGCAGGAGAGGCACAGGGAGAGGCUCCACAGUACAGAGAGGGCGGGUGAGGAGCAGGCCAGGAUCUGCAGCCGGGCCGCUGUGGAGAGGAAGAUGCUGGAGGAAGGGCACCAGGAGGAAGUCCGGCAGCUGAAGGAGCACAUAGCCAGUCUGCAGGAGCAGGCAGAUCUGGCCUCGGAUAGGGAGAAGAAACUAGAGCAGUAUCAAACACAGUGCAGUCAACUAGAGGCCAAACUGGAAGUGGUUUGUGCCCAGCUGGAGGAACGCACUGUGUGUCUGGAGUCUGUUGAGACUUUGACCGAGCGUCUGACCUCUGAACAUUAUGCUGUGGAGGAGGAACUGGGGUUGGUGAGGAAUAGAGAGCGAGAGAUCCUUAGUGAGUUGUCUCAGCUAAGAGAGGAGCUGCAUAGUCUACGGUCUGAAUCUAUGACACUUCUUCAGGACAAGGAAAUGGUAGCGGAGAACUGUAGCAGUUUGUCCAGCGCCUUCGUACAACAGCAAGCUCAGCUGAGGGCCAAAGAGGAAGUGACGGAUACCCUGAGGGGGGAGUUGGAGAGGGCACAGGAGGCUCUGAGAAACGAAGUUGAACGACGCUCAAGGCAGACUGCUGAGCUGGACUCCCAGAAGACGGACAGCGCGAAGCUAAUGGAGGAGCUGAGAAAACACAGAACAACUGUUGACCGUUUACAAUCAGAUCUUGACUGUGUCACUGAGGAGUUAAACCAUUGGAAGAGGGCAGAGAAGAGUCUACAGGAAGCCUUGAGGCUGGAACGAACCCAAGUCAUGGAGAUCCAAUCCACCCUGGACCUGGAGAGGGAAGAGAUGGGCUGUCUGGGCCAGGAGAACACCCACUACAUCCGCCUGGCAGACCAACUCUCCAACCAGAUUGUAGAAAUGGAAACUGAAUCAUCCAAACUCCGAGACCACAUCCACAAGCUGAAAGCCCAACUGGGCGAAACAUCCAACCUGGUUUCUGAUCUCAGGAUCCAGCUAGAGGCCAAAUCCACAGAGGUAGACAACCUUGAGUCAGAUAUGAAGCAGACUGCAGGUCUGUUAGAGAUGGCAGAAGCCUUGUCCAAUAAGCACUACAGGGAAGAGGAGCUGCUGAACACCCAGCUGGAGACCAAGGAGAGAGAGCUGUGCUCCCUCAGAGGAAAGGCUGGCAGCAGCACCACCGUCCAGCUGCAGCAGGCCCUGCUGUGCUCUCAGGCAGAGGUCCACAGGUUGGAGGAGGCCUUUGAGUGGGAGAAGAGCAGGAUGAAGGAGCAGCUGGUGGAGAUGGAGAAGCUGGUCAUGGCUCUGGAGAUGGUGAUGGACCCUACCAGUCCACACAGGUCUCAGUUAGAUGAGGUCAACUGUGAGAACAGUGCUCUGAAGGACAGACUGGCCAUGUUACAGCAGGAUGUCCAGAGAAUGGAGGAAGAGAUCAUACAGAAGAAAAAGAAACUGGACGAAGUGGAGCAGGAACAUGAGAAGAACAGGGAGGAGCAGGAGAGACUUCACAAAGAGAACGCCAAGUACCAGGAAGAGGUGAUGGACCUGAGCACCCGCAACCUGCAACUGAGCGGCGAGAACGCUGAGCUGAGCUCCCGUCUCCGUGCUGACCAGGGGGCGGUCCAGAUGCUGACGGAGAGACUGGCGACCGCAGCCAGGCAGCUCCAGGAGACCUCCACCGAGCAGGAGAGGGAGAGACUCCACAUGCAGGCAGCCUGGCAGCAAGACAAGGAGCUGCUUGAGAGAGAACUCAACACCAUCAAGGAAAAGCUCCAGCGUUUGUCAGAUGUGGAGUCCUCACUGACCAGCCUGACCCUGAAGCACCAAUGGCUGGAGCAGGAUAAGGAGAGUCUGCUGGUGGAGGUGGAGGAGAGGACCCAGAAGGUUGAGAAGCUCCAAGGGUCUCUUCGCUCUGUGGACUCCCAGACGGAGCUGCUUCGCUCCCAGCUCCAGGCUGUGGGUCAGGAGAAGAAUGGCCAGACCCAGGAAGUAGCCAACCACCAGAGGAUGGUGCAGGAUGCCCAGGACAAGGUAAGGGAGUUGGAGGCCAGCAUGGGCAGGCUAAGCAGGGAGAAGGAGCAGCUGCAUCUGGCCCAGAAACAUGAGGUGGAGGCCUCCAUGGCCCUACAGGAGGAGUGCCAGAGCCUGCACCUCCAAAACCAGGAGCUGCUACACAGAGUGUAUCAGCUGCAGGGCCAGGAUGUGGAGGUACAGAGGCUGAUGGAGGAGUGUCUGACUCUAAAGAACAAACAGAUACAGCUGGAGACUGCCAGGGCAGAGGCACAGGAUCAGGCACAAAUGGUGGACACGGCCUUGACCCUGGCCCAGGCCCAGCAUGUCCGGGAGCUGCAGCAGUUGAGGGAGGAGGCAGGACUGGGGUCCAGGGAACAGCUGGAGCAGACCCUCUGCACACAGGCCCAGCAAGCCAGCACCCAGAUGGGCCUGCAGCAGGAGCAAUAUGAGAAGGUGAUGGGGAACAUGCAGGAGAGGAUGGAGGAGGUGGAGACCAAGCUGAGGAGUGUGCGCAAGAUGCUGCAGGAGAAGGUCAACCAGCUGAAGGAGCAGCUGGCGAAGAAUGCCAAGUCGGACAUCAUGCUGAAGGACCUGUAUGUGGAGAACUCCCAGCUGAUGAAGGCACUGCAGGUCACUGAGCAGCGGCAGAAGAGUGCUGAGAAAAAGAACUUCCUCUUAGAGGAGAAGAUUACAGCCCUCAACAAGCUCCUUCGUAAGAUCGCCCCUGCCUCCCUCUCUGCGUAGCAGUUCCCUACUACUCAGAACGCUACUCCCCAAAAGACUGACAACUGUGAAAGACCUCUUAGUUUCCUUCCCUUAACCUUAGUAUUGGAUGACCGUCCCAAUGACACAGAUGCUUAAUGUGGCAGGUGGUCCACAAUUUGAUUCUGUAAGGUCCAUAACAAAAUCACUUUGUAACAACUCCCUCUUGGGAUGGUGGGUUUGACUGCACACAAUUAGCACAGGUUAUUUGGGUAAGUGGAACAGCACAAGUCUUGUGUUUUCAGCCACCAGGGUAUUAUGCAUGUACUUUUGUUUUUGUGUAUGUAUAUAUAUAUGUUUUAUUAUAUUGAGGUUAAUGAAAGACUCAUUUUUUUGUGAAGGUCAAAGUUCAUAUGAAGUAUUGUAUUCCGUUAGGUUACUAAAAGAUAACGAACAGACAAUCCUCUAGCAUCAUGCUGCGUUGGUAGGUCUGAGAGUCGAUUAGAUGUAUAAUGGGACCAAUGGUAUAACAUUCCAGUUUGAUCACCAAACGCUCUAUUAAGGUACAUAACUUUAAGUGUUGGUCUGUCAGACUAUGAGAUGAAUGGUACUGUAUGCGAAAGGCUGAAACCUCCAUUUAAUCACACAAAAUGAAUCAAAGAAAGGGUUUAGCUACUUUUUUAAUGAAGUGUUCUUUGUGGUAUUUUAAAUGAUCAACCAAAAGCACAGUAUUUACACAUGUAAAGUUUUGAUACACAUCUGCACAAUUUUCAAUCCUGAUGCACUGCUGUACAGUCAACCUUUUAAUUGCUAAAUUAUUUGAGUACUAAAAAAUGUAUUGUCAAUCGAAUAAUGUAUGUAGGUAAUUAAAAACACUAACAUGCAA